AUGGUUGCAAGAUUCUUCCAUAACUUUUCCUGCAUUACCUUUAACUGGAAUAUUGACUUGAUAUGUAGUUGGGAUGAACUGCCGGGAUACCGCAACCGAACAGAAGUCGUCUGGAAAAUUGCAGGCCAUCCAUUGUUACCAUACGCGAAAUGCCCUAUUCGUUACCAGACUUCAUGCCAGUGGGGUUUGGGUGGAGAUGGUGAGAGGUAUGAUGUCGAUCCAGAUAGGCAGAUCUCAGUGUGCCUGCAACUGAGAACAAAUGACGAUGUUAAGGAUCAGCAAUGCAGUGAUAUUACCAUUGAUAAUAUUGUAAAGCCAGAUACAGUGAGUUACAUCGACGCCAUAUCGACGUCACCACUAUGUCUAAAUAUAUCCUGGGGUCAUGACAAGAUAGUAGAUGCAAAGAUAUAUAAACUAGAACUGUUGUCGGAGAGGGAAAACAUCGCCAAGAAUGUUGAAUCCACUGAAAAUCCGUCCUCUGGUUUUUAUCAUCAUGCAGAAUAUUACCAUAUAUGUGAUUUAUCUUAUUACACUAACUAUACAAUAUCAGUGAGGACCAGACCUAUUGACUAUGAUGGUUUUCCAACCGGAUACUGGAGUGACCCUAGAACGACCACCAAAGUUACUCCUAAAUCUGUUCCAUCCAGAUCGCCGCCCAUCUCACCAGGUGCAUUUACUUUAGCUGCCAUCAGUUUCAAAGGAAGCAGAACAGUUACUAUAUACUGGCCGGCACUUCCUCGAUACUCUUGGAAUGGUGAAAACCUUACCUAUAUUAUUCAAGCGACAUCUGCGAAACCUUGUAAACAACAAACACUGAAUCCUAAACUAUACAGCGAGUCUUCCUCAAAAUUUGAAAUCCUGCCCAGUUGCUCCUAUGACAUACUAGUGUGGGCAAAAAAUGAGAUCGGGCAAAGUGAUAUACCAAGCAGGAUGUUUAUUACUAAUGAAGGACUAAAUCCUCCUAUGGACGUUUUCUUGAACACAACUCACCAAUCUAAGAAGGUUGAAAUAUCCUGGAAACAUCAACCUCAUGCGACCUUUUUCACAGUUUUCUGGUGCCAGUCUGAUCCAGGGAGGACGUGCAGUAAUGGAUUUUACAACAAAACGGUUAGCGGCAGGUAUAGCAGCACGUUUGUGAACCUGAAAGGAUUUCCCGCCCUUGCAUACGUAUUUGGAGUGUCCGCCGAGUCUAUAAGAAAUGGACAGACCAUUAGUAGCGGAUUCCAAUGGACGGAUUGUUCAACAAUAUCUUCGCGCGGCUUCAGGUCACCAAGAAUAACCUUUCGCAGUUUAACGAAGAAACGAAUGGUAUUAGUUUCCUGGGCCUAUUCUUUCUGCAAUAGCUUGAGAAUAAAGCGACAACAGAACAGUACAGAAUACAAAAUCAAGAUAACCACAUCAUCCCAACACCACCUCCGGAUCGUGAAUGGGAAUGUCACCUCAAUCCAUCUCCCGAACAUUGCGGCCGGUGAAGAGGUGUGUGUUUCGGUUGUAAUCAGACUAAACCAUUCAUCGUCAGAACACGCCAGUCCAAUUAAAUGUUAUACACAGGAUCGCCAAGGAUCUAAGAAACACGUGCCAUAA